AAGCGAGACGGAUUCCGUUUCUAUGACAGUCCUGAGUGCGAAGCAUCGGAGGAACAUCUGUCCGUCUGUCUCCAACGCGCGUCUCCACUUUUUCUGAGGAUGCUACAGUUCCCGCAGCUCCGCCAGAGCGUGAUCGCGCUUCUCAUAUGGUUCGCGCACUUGAUGGAACAGCAGAAAGUACAAGCUGGCAACUGCUGGCUUCAGCAGGGCAAGAACGGGAGAUGCCAAGUUCUGUACAUGUCUGGGAUGAGUCGGGAAGACUGUUGUAGAAGUGGUCGCCUUGGCACAGCAUGGACCGAGGAGGAUGUACCUAAUAAUACACUCUUCCGGUGGCUGAUCUUCAAUGGGGGUGCACCGAAUUGCAUACCUUGUAAAGAGACUUGUGAUAAUGUGGACUGUGGUCCUGGAAAGCGGUGCAAAAUGAACAAGCGGAAUAAGCCCCGCUGUGUGUGUGCCCCAGACUGCUCCAAUGUCACUUUUAAAGGGCCUGUGUGUGGCUCUGAUGGGAAAACGUACCGGAACAUGUGUGCCCUCCUUAGGGCCAAGUGCAAGAGACAUCCUGAGCUGACUGAACAGUACCAGGGAAAAUGCAAAAGGUUUUGCAAAGGUGUGCGUUGUCCUGGAACCUCGAGGUGUGUAAUGGACCAGACCAAAAAUGCCUACUGUGUGACCUGCAAAAGUUUUUGCCCUGAGGUGUCCUCACCGGAGCAGUACCUGUGUGGGAACGAUGGGAUUGUGUAUACCAGUGCCUGCCAAAUCCGAAGGGCCACGUGCAUGAAGGGACGGUCCAUUGGAGUCGCCUACGAGGGGAAAUGCAUAGACGCCAGGUCCUGUGAAGACAUCAAAUGCCGGGAGGGGCGAAAGUGUCUCUGGGACAAGCAGACAGGACGGGGACGCUGUUCGACAUGCGAGGACACCUGUCCCGAGAGUCGUCCGGGUGACAGCGUCUGCGCCAGCGACAACGCCACCUACCCGAACGAGUGCGCUAUGAGGCAGGCUGCUUGCUCCAUGGGUCUCGUCCUGGAAGUCAAACACUCGGGCUCCUGCAACUGUAAGUAGAGGAUGCUAAACCUGGCCGCACCCAUGUCCCGCAUUCCCUCCCCCUGCCGAAAACACCCCUCUUUCUCGCCCCCUCCCAUUGCCCCAACAAAGAACACGAGGACUGUUGGAGAGAGCGCGUGUAUUUGUCCUUGUAUUGGCUUCCUCUCACAAAGACCUUGUGUUUUAACUCAGUGGCGAUGAGACGUUAGACGUGUCCGGGACAGUGCAGAUGCUCAUCUGUUGAUGAGGUGUUAAGCCAAAAUCUUUGAGGUCAAGCCUGGAAGGAUUUCCGAUUGGGAAGCGAGGGGGUUUUGAACAUGCUGCUCCUCUGAUUAGGUUACACUUUCUGUCCAUCAGAGACAGAAACGUGACUGACGGUGUCAUGUGGAAAGUGCAAAGGGAUGGAAACUCACUUAGCAAGCUCUGUUUGUGAAUUAUCUUGCUGUUUUUGCCGAAAGCAGGCUGACCGGCUCUGUGAUGAUCAUGAUACAGAUGUGUGUUAUGGACAAAGAAAAGUGAACCUGGUCCACGGUCAGAAGUAAACCAGUGCAUAAAUGCCUUGGAAAUAUAAAAUACAGGGGCAGAACUUUUUUAAAUGUAUAUUUUAAGAUAUAGAUAUAAAGUUUUUGAAAUGGUCAGUAUGCUAUGUUUUAAAUGCCCAGAAAAUCAAUUCCGAGAGACAAAUAUUGUCUGCAGACAUUUAUUUCUGAUCCCAGCUAACAACUCUUACACCUUUGUCUAUCUUGUGUAAUAAAGGGAACCUAAUUUCAUUGUCAGUUUAUGUCCAUUUUGCCUAAUGUGAAUUAUUAUUAUUUUAUUUUUAUUUUUCAAAACAUUUUCUAAGUAUUUUUAAUGAAAAAAGCCACUUAUUCCUCAAGAAGAGAGGACUUUCUUCACAUAAGAUGUUUCUAAAGAAUAUCAUUUGUGGGACAUAACAAAUCUCAUGUGAUUUUAUGUUUAGAAAGAACAUGUUUAGAUGGUUCAGAGAUCAGUUGUUAGUGUCCUAAAGUAGAACCAUCUUUCACCAGCCCGAGUCUGUGUGUGGUAUUGACAAAUCAUCUUCCAAACAGAGAUAUUUUUGUUUAUGAGAAGGGAUUACGUCGUGUCUCUUUGCUUGAUUAUAUUUUAUUUUGUACAAUGACUUGACAAAUACAAGAAAUGGUCUCCACUAAUAAAAGACAGAGGUACAGCGCCAUUCCACAGAGAAACUCAAUCCCACCCUCUCGAUCCUCUCCGAGCCGUGAUCCCACAACCUUAUGUGAAUUGCAAAGCAUCAGAUAGAGAUGCUUUUGGGAGAAAGAUGCAGUGAGACUCUGUGCCUGAAUGCUGCUGUGUUUUACACUAAUGCAACAGCUGCUAUAUUCCUCCGUAGCUCUCCCUGAAGAGACGGAUGAAGAGGAGGAGGAUGAAGAUUACACGGAUUAUAGCCAUGAAUCUCUGUUACUGACUGGAUAAACCACCGUCAACAGCUGGUCUCCAUUUGAGCACAGAGUCAUGUUCAUAUUGUACGGACGUGUACUUAUUUAUUUUCCACAGACACGUGAAAGAUGCUUAUUGUUAUAGAUGUUUAUUUAUACUUUUUUGUCUUCUUAUUUAUACAUUUAUAGUCUGAAUAAAUGGUCCCUCUAAUCUUUCCUUUGUCAACUUUUGGAAGAAUAUUAUUUAUUAUAACGUAGUGUUACUCUAUGUAAGAUACAUGCGUUUUGAAAAGUGUAUGCUACAUUUUGUGAAUAAAAAAAGGCUUAAACCGUU